AUGCCGCAAUAUAUGUUAUAUCAGUAUAUAGAACGAUUGGUCCGAGAAAAAACAAUCCGCUUGAUAGAUUAUGACGAGUUCAAUCAAAUACAAGGAGAACCCGAAGGACCAGGUGAUAGAAAAAAAAGGUUAUGGAACAAUAGUCUAGUAAAUUUAUGUCUAUUAGAAGAUUUAGACAAAUGUGACGACAGUAUCGUUAUGAGACUAUUAACCGAGCUUAAACCGCUUAGACAUAAUAAUGUAUUAAGAGUCUUUGGCAUCACUUUUGAUGGAAAAAGUUAUUAUUUUGUCCGUGAAUAUUAUACCAUGGACUUACGAUCUUAUUUCAGUCAAAUGCGUGCUAACAGCACUCCUCUAAGUUGGGACGACAAAAUAGCUCUAGUACGACAAGUGACUGAUGGUCUCCAGUAUCUUCAUGAUCAAAAUAUUCUACCCUCAGAACUGCAUCCGAGAAACAUAGUAAUGUGUGAAGGGAUUCCUAAAUUAACUAAUUUGAGAAUGCCUCAAGCCCGUGCAAGAGGCGACUUUUCAUUUUCUAAAUAUUCACCUCCAGAAGUUUUAUUAUCACACGAACCUGAAAAUAAAAAAAAAUUAAAUAUUUAUUCCUUGGGUGUACUAAUGUGGGAAAUAUCAAAUGACGGUGUUGAACCUUUCAACGAUGAUCGUACAAUUGCCUUAGCAAUUAAUAUUAUCAAAGCCGUUCGACCCACUUGUGCAAAAAUUCUUGGUGAAUUGAGAAAUAUAUCACUCACAGACAUCACAGACACAUAUAAUGUUGAUAAAGCUUAUAAUACUGCCGGUUUUCAGGCACUUAGACCUAAACCUAAAGCAAUCGAUCUGGAUUUGUCGUUGGAUUAUAGCGCUUUACUUAGGCAAAAGAAAAUGAAAGCAGCAUUUGUUGAUUUUUUUGCCUUAAACAAAGGCAGAAAUCUUAAUGACUUUGAUUUCAAUCGCGCAGAAGGAAUGGCUUUGGAUGAUAAUGGUGAUAUAAAAAUUCUUAAAUCAGAGUCGAACUCACCAGUUGUCUACAACUCGUUGACUACAGAUUCAGUGUGGAGUAAUUUAAGAAUUGCAGGUUUAUUUGCAAAUAGUAGAGACAACAAAGAGCUAAAUAAUGACGACAAUCAAAUACAGGUUCAUGUCCCAGUUUCAACAGUAGAAUAUACAUCUACUGCUUCAAAUAAAUUUAUUAGGGAUAUAGAGAGUGCGCUUGAAAUUUCAGACAAAACUGAAAAAGUUAAGAUGCUAGAAAAAUAUUUUAAUUAUUAUGGUAAUUACGUUGUCAGAAAGUUUACACUUGGUGGUGUUAUCACAGUUAGAAAUUGGAAAACUGCAUCUAAUAAAGAAAAAUCAUAUUUAAGGAACUAUUUACAAUGGGCAAUUGAUUGUGGAAAAGGGAAGGCCUCCGAAAUUUUUGAAGAUGUACCACUUGACAACAUACCACCACUUCAAGCUGAUGGCGAGAUGGAUACCCUUGGCGACUUGUAUAACUGGUUUAAAAGCUUAUAUAAUUUUGAUUUUGCUAAGGUCAUAGCAUAUGGAAAAAUAAUCCCGUCUUAUAAAUUACUACCGAAUAAUUUACAAGAAAAGUUAUUUGAGGUUACUGGUGGUAAUCCUGUUAAUACACCUGAUGGAGAAUUAAUUCCUAACGUUCCAAUUAGUUAUAAAAAAAAGGAGCUUAGUGCAUGGAUAGCACUAAAACCUUCACUCGAACUAUUUUUAUUGGAUUUUAUCCACAACAAUUCACUCCAAUAUGGUGUUGUUCUACAAAAAUCAGAUAUUGGACACGGAAAAAAGGCGGCUUUCAAGUUUGUGAAGGUACCUGCCGUUACCGAAAUUAAAAAAAUUACUCUUAGAUUAAUAGAACCACAAAACCGUCAAGAAGCCUAUUUAUUAGAAAACGGCAUAAUCUGGAAAGAUAAUGGCAAUUUAACUCUUGAAAAUAUCCCAUUUGCCGAAUAUAGUUCAAUACUUCACCACCCCCUGGAGGAUUUCAAAUCUGCUAAAAAUCAACCUUCUCAGGCAAUUUAUGUUCAAAUAAUUAUUCAUAUGGCAAAACUUUCCUUUAGCCUCACAGAUAUCAGAUCCUUACAGGAAUAUUCAAAUAGCGUCAAUACGGCGCUUCUAAGUAAUGAGCCUUUUAAAAAUCUCUGUAAAAUUUUCGGAGAUGAUUACGGCCAUUUAUUAGCAGGGACUUUAACUGUAGGUGGAAUUUUAUCGAAAAAAUGUGUUCCACGUACAAAACAAAAUAUACCUGGAAGACAAAUUCAAUUUGAAUAUGAACUAGACGAUCCUCAAAUAAUUGAGAAAAUUAAUUUUCAGUUGAAAUCUUGGGAAAAUGAGUUUGAAGUGAACACUUCAUUUUUAAUUGACAACAAUGGUGAUGUUGUUAGCCGUAAUGGAAUUAAACCUUGGAUUGAAGAUUUUCAUUAUAUUAAUGCAGUUCAAAAUUGGUGUAUUGUUGCUUAUGAAGACUGGACACCACUAUAUAAAUUAUUGCGCAGAACAAGCGCUAAUAUUGAUAAUACUUUUGGUCAUUAUCAGAUUGUUUUUAAUGGUGAAGAAUUCUUCCAAGUGGAUGAUCAGAGUACUUUUGUUAUUAGAUUCCCUGGUUCACUUAAUGACACCAAUUAUCAUAUUUUUGGAGCCGUCGUAAAGAAAGGCGAAAAUGGAGAUUGGAGAAAAUACCAACAUCCUGACUUAUCUGUUCGAUUCGAUCAUCAGAAUAAAAGCAGUUGUGCAGCGUAUAUAUAUAAAUCUAAAAAUUUCAAUAUACGACUAAACAAAGAAGAAACAAAAUUACUUUGGCUUGUGCUUGCUGAUCCCAAAGGAUUUUGUAGCAAUAAAAAUAGAAAUGUUAAAGUUCUUUAUGGAAAUAUCCCUGUCAACGAAACUCCAUUGGAAGUUUGUUUAAAGUGUAGAGAACUUACAACAGACUGUGUUCUGAUAACGUCAAUCGUAUCCAAAGAUGAAUCUGCUUUUUAUACCAUUAAACCUAAAGCUUGGGCCAAAGCUAGAAUUUAUUUAGAAAUAACAAAAGACCUAUUAAAUCUUGAUUUAGAAAAAUUUGACGAGCGAACUGUUCAAGAAAAUACUGUCCUCAAGUGGUGCGUAAUCUACACUGACAAAAGAAAACCUAUGGUCAGUGACGCUAAUAAUUUACGAACACAUUCUUGGAACUCAUUUGGAGAUCAUCUUGAUGACGGUAUAGAACGCUUGGAGGAGGAAGAUGAAGAGGAACGUAUUGAUGUGUUAUCUGAAAUGAUAUUCGAAGAUGCAAUUCAACAGCAUAAUUUACCAGAUGGUAACAUGCUUGAAGCUUGGAAAACUUUCAUACAUUGUGCUAGGAAAGGAAAUCAAGAUGCACUUUAUUGGAUUGGAUUUUACCUCCAAUAUGAUAUUUUAAAUGCAUCUAAACAUUUUUUAAGAAGAUUCUACGACGAUGCUGUUGACGAAUUUGCAGAAGGAGCUGAAACAUACUUACAAGCUGCAAUGAUGCUUUAUAAAAAAUCGGCAGAUGCCGAAUAUCAUGAGGCGCAAUUAAGAUACGGUUUUAGCCUCUACUCUGGACAAGGAGUUCCUCAAAAUAAGGAGGAGGCUAUUCGAUACUUUAGAUCAGCUGCAAUUAAUAAGAAUCAUACAGCAAUGUAUAACUUGGGAACUAUUUUGUUAUUGAGCGGGAACGAUCAAAAUAAAGCUGAAGGGGAGAAAUGGCUGAUAGAUGCCGCAAGAAAUAAUCAUCAAAAAGCUAUAGGAAUUUGUAAAGCUCACAACAUUGCUUUUUAG